ACUAUAUAUGUGUGUGUAUUGCUAGUAUAGGAUACAUGUCCAAUCCAGUGAGUUCAUAAAAAUUAAAUGGCAGAAAUUGAACACAAGAGUGGAGAUGGAAGGUGGUCUCUUAAGGGCAUGAAUGCCCUAGUAACCGGCGGCACCCAAGGCAUAGGGUAUGCCAUAGUAGAGGAAUUGGCGGGUUUUGGGGCGAGCAUUUAUACGUGCACGCUUAAUCAGGAUGAUCUGAAUAAAUGCUUACAAGAAUGGAAAACUAAGGGAUAUAAAGUAAUGGGUUCAGUAUGCGACUUGUCAUUGAGAUCUGAAACCCAGCAGCUAAUGGAGAAAGUUUCAGACUAUUUUAAUGGGAAGCUUCAUAUUCUUGUGAAUAAUGCUGCAACAGCUAUUACAAAGAAAAGUACUGAAUUCAGUGCUGAGGAUUACUCAUUGUUAAUGAGUACUAAUUUUGAGGCACCCUACCAUUUGUCUCAACUUUCACACCCUCUUCUAAAGGCAACUGGGCAUGGAAGCAUUGUGUUUAUCUCUUCUGUUGCUGGGAAUUUUGGAGUGCCGUAUGUUUCUCUCUACUCUGGAUCCAAAGGAGCAAUAAAUGGUGUGACAAAGAGUCUGGCGUGUGAGUGGGCGAAAGACGGGAUUCGUGUUAAUGCUGUGGCUCCAUGGAUAAUCGACACUCCACUUAAGGAUACAGCUUUGACAGUUUAUAAAGCAGGAGAAAUAGAGAGCGCAAUAGAAAGAACUCCAAUAAGCAGGGUAGGAAAGGCUAAUGAAAUCUCAUCAGUUGUUGCCUUCUUGUGUUUACCAGCUGCUUCUUGGCUCACUGGACAAAUCAUCACUGUGGAUGGGGGCAAAACUGCCAAUGCCUUUUAGUUAUCCACUACUUUUUUUUUUUUUUUUAAAGUCUGUUUGAUGUUAGUGUCUUUUAUAUAUUUAAGAAUAAUCACACAUAGUGUGCCUGUUGCACACGAUAUUGUGAAGAUAAGUAUAAAAAAAUUUUCAUAUUUCAUAAUAUGAAGAGUCUAUUAAAUAAAUGGUUUAUUUUAGUGUAUCAAUAAUGUACUUUGUUUUCUUCCCAAACAAUGGUGGAGUAAGAAAUUAAAAUUUUAUUAUGGGGCAUA